CACGCACGCCCGGCCAAUCAGCACACACGUCGGGACAGGCACGCGGGGGCGGGGCUCCUGCUGCACAUGCGCAGGGCUGCGCGGGCCUCUUUCCUUCCUUCUCGCCGCACGCCGCCGACAUGGUGUUCCGGCGCUUCGUGGAGGUCGGCCGGGUGGCCUACGUCUCCUUCGGGCCGCACGCCGGAAAGCUGGUCGCGAUCGUCGAUGUCAUCGACCAGAACAGGGCGCUGGUGGAUGGACCGUGCACUCGAGUGAGGCGGCAGGCCAUGCCUUUCAAGUGCAUGCAGCUCACGGACUUCAUUCUCAAGUUCCCACACAGUGCCCGCCAGAAGUACGUCCGACAAGCCUGGGAGAAGGCUGAUAUCAACACAAAAUGGGCAGCCACCAGAUGGGCCAAGAAGAUAGAAGCCCGAGAAAAAAAAGCCAAGAUGACGGAUUUUGAUCGUUACAAAGUCAUGAAGGCAAAGAAAAUGAGGAACAGAAUAAUCAAGAACGAAGUGAAGAAGCUGCAGAGGGCAGCCAUCAUAAAGGCUUCUCCCAAAAAGGCGCCUGUCGCGAAGGCUGCAGUUGCGGCUGCUGCUGCUGCUGCAGCUGCAGCUAAAGCUAAGGUUCCAGCCAAGAAGCCGACUGCCGCUGUCAAGAAGGCCGCAGGCGAGAAGGGUGAGAAGGCCUCCGGUGAGAAGGCCGCACCUGCCCCGAAGCCGCAGAAGGGUCAGAAGGCUCCGAGUCAGAAGGCUGCAGCCCAGAAGGCGCCAGCUCCAAAGGCAUCGGGCAAGAAAGCGUGAGGCUGUUAACAGAAUAAAGGUUCUUUUUGACACGCUGGCA